AUGGAUACCUGGUUAGCAUGGAAGAUGUUAGUCUCAUCAAUAAUAUUGAUAGGAGGGAGUGAAAGCUGCAGUAUCACUUACAACCGUCCCCUCGACGAAGUGUUGGAGCCAAACAACAGAUCACCAUGGUUGGUGCUCGUCGUCGAUACAGUAGAAAAGGAAUACGCUGCGAUGUCCGGUAAAACACCGCAAAUUGUCCUGAAAUCUGUUUUUAGAUCUCCAAUAAGCCAGCUGGUGGUUGUCGCCAAUUGGCAAAAUAAAGUCACGACUAGCUACGACUCCAGAUCGAUAUCAUUCUUCUACAAUCCUCCAAAUUUAAACGAAAACCAGGUGAAACCAACCGACUGGACGAUUUUGAUCUUGGAUGAACCAUUCAAGCUCUAUGACAAAGUCGGUGUUGUUUCAUUGGCUAAUAAGAAUCACCAGUGGGACUCUGAGGAUUGUUUGACCUAUCGUUGGGUUCCCGUAAAACAGAUUACUUAA